GGGGAAAAAAAUAAAAUACAUAUAGGUGUAAUAUUAGGCUGCUGAGGAUCAAAUGGACUUGUAUGGGAAGGUAAGGUUGUUAAAUUCAUGUAACUAGAAGCUAAGAAUGGGGAAAACUAUUAGGGCUUUUUUUUUUCUUUUUUCUUUUUGCAAUGAGAGGAUGUGUCUCAGAUAAACUGAAGCAGCGUCUCAUUGAGGCGCUCCACGCUGGGGCUGCUGCCUACAUGCGCUUUUUCCUGAGUAAAAAAACCCCCAAAAACUACAAGACCCGUGUUCUUUGUCCCCGUGACGUAGCUGAUACCCAUGACACGCGCUUCCUUUCGCUCAGCCGACCCAGCAUCAUCACCACCACCACCACCACCAUCAUCAUCAUCAUCAGCAGCAGCCUCCAGAUCGGAAGCGGAGGGGACAGCUCCCAGGUGCUGAAACUGGUUCGGAGACAGAGAGAGAGGGGGAGAAAAAUACCAUAAAAUCAGCGUCUGCGGUAUAGAUUCAGAGAAAUAAAUCUCUAUCCUACUUAUCAGGGGAACAUACAGGUCGAAACGAGGCCUUCGAAACAGAUGGCUGCCACUCAGGAUGUCAAGGGGAAAGGAGAAGGAGGAGACCAAAAUUUCGACUACAUGUUCAAGCUGCUCAUCAUCGGCAACAGCAGCGUAGGGAAGACAUCCUUUCUGUUCCGCUAUGCUGAUGACGCCUUCACGUCAGCCUUCGUCAGCACAGUGGGCAUUGACUUCAAAGUUAAGACCGUAUACAAGAAUGACAAGAGGAUCAAGCUGCAGAUCUGGGACACUGCUGGCCAGGAGCGCUACAGGACCAUCACUACAGCUUACUACCGUGGUGCCAUGGGCUUCAUCCUCAUGUAUGACAUCACCAACGAAGAGUCCUUUGGCGCUGUGCAGGACUGGUCGACCCAGAUAAAAACCUACUCUUGGGAUAAUGCUCAGGUAGUGCUGGCUGGAAAUAAGUGUGAUAUGGAAGAAGAGAGAGUGGUCUCGGUGGAUAGUGGCCGCCUGCUGGCUGAACAAUUGGGUUUUGAGUUCUUUGAGACGAGUGCAAAAGACAACAUCAACGUCAAGCAGACCUUCGAACGUCUCGUCGACCUAAUUUGUGACAAGAUGUCUGAGAGCUUGGACACUGAUCCGGCUGUCACCACGGGAGCCCCCACCGCCAAACUGACAGACAGCGCUCCACCCCUCCAGCAGCCUGGAUGCAACUGUUAGUGGCCGGCAGUAGAAAGCUGUCAGGGCAGGAGAGUGCAGGAGGUCUGCGCUCUGCCAGAACUGCCCUCACCGGACUGCAGUUCAAAGCCUGUUUAGUAGUAAAAAUUGCAAAGGCUGCUGCUUUAUCUCUCAAACGUUAUCACCUUAUAUAAUAAGCAAGUACAGUCAUUGCUAAUGUAAAACAUAUAACAUCACAGGUUAUCUAGACUAUAGGGAAUCAGCAUCCUUAAGCUAGUUAGUUUGAUAAUAAACCAAUCCUGUCUGGCAGGACUUGAAAUAGUCCAACACUUAAACUUACACAGGUUGUCCUUCAGACCUUUAAUAUCUUUAUGAAUACCUAUACAAGAAAUAGAAUCAGUGAGUGCUUUAAUAUGUCUAUGAAGUUUUCUGUAUGCUGUAAAUUGUCCUUUUUUUCUGGGUAAUUUUGAUUCUUAGAGCAGCCAAAUCUAGGAUUUAGCGCACUAGGCGAUGUAGCGGCUUUCCUUUGUGUAACGACUGUCAUAAUAAGCCUCUGGCUGUGACUGUGCAGUAAGUGAGCGUGGAUUUGCAUGAGUGUGUCAUGUCAUGUUGCCAUUGAUUAAUCAACUACCUUUUGGGGAAAAAGUGGCCUUUCAGCAUCUCCAACUCGGCCUCUGUAGUAAGUCCCUCUGUAAGUCCUGCUUCCCGUUGGAAUGAACCGAGUCUGUGUAACUGAUGGGAGUACACUUUCACCCUUUGCUGUAUGUAGAUGUGUAAAUUCUUUAAUAAGUAUCUGAAAAGCAACUCAAUCAUUAUCCUCAGCCUUUAAAUGUUUGAUGCAAAGAGCAUGCUACCAAAAGGUCAAACAUGUGUGCUGUUUUAUCUGAAGAUAGGCCUUACCCAAAGCUCCUCAUCCUCAACUCCAUUUCAUCGAAGCACAGUAAAGCAUUCUGAUAAAAGCAGCUGAAGCGUCCUGGCAUGGAAUAAACAGCCAUAAUUUCUUAUUCAGCAUGAAUUGUGCUGUAAAAUUGAACCCCUUCUUUAAAAAGAGGAAAACAAGAUGUAUGUUGCUUAAAAAAAAAAAAAAAUCAUAAAUAUACACCACCUUUGUCUUUAAUAAAUCUGUGCCGUGUAAAAGUCGUAAAUAGUUCAAAAAUUCAAAGUUUCGAGUUCAUCUCAUAAAUUCAUGAAAAAGUGCCAAAAACAUUACGGUUCAACUAACCUCUUAACUGUCACGCUCAAAAUACUUACAUAUAAGUUAGCAAGUCUGUGAGGAGACUGGUGUCCUCAUGACAGUUAGGGGGUUUUAACAUUGUUGGUUGCUUGUUGCAUAGGGAAGCAAAACUACAAAAAUGUAAAAAAAAAAAAAGAAAAAAAAAUGCAUGAAGUCAGUCCUGAUGUAUCGGUGUAGAAUUAUACUCUGAGACACUGUAAAUAUCACUCUGUCUUACAGAUCUAGGAGCAUUAUCACGGCACUCGCUGUGAAAUGCAAUGGGCCAACAAGUGCAAUAUUUUAUGGAUGAAACCCUGUAAAUAGUUUCCUUCUGUCAUCUUGUCCAACAGCUCCAUCUGCAGUUUGAGAGAAAAAGUAGGGUGGCGUAGUUUUGACCAUGCUGUGUGCUCUCUGAAAUGAGUGUGAGCUUCACUGACAACCUGCAGUCACUGAACGUUUGGUGUAAUGUCUGUAGUGGACAUAAAAGACUGCAGACCCUGUUUAAAAUGUCUGAGUUUGGAUCUGAGAAGAUGAGAUCAAGAUAAAUCCUUUCAGAACGUUCCACUAGAACCCAGUUUCAGCUGAAAACAAACAUGCCAAAGCAUUGUGCUGCCACUACCAUGCCCUCCUGUGGGUAUCUCAUUUUGGUGAUGUGCACUGAUAUUUUGUGCCAAACACAAAGUUCAACCAAAAGAUUAUAACACAUUUUCCAACAUGUUUUUGGGGACAUUUAGAUGUUUUUUUUUUUUUUUUUUGUGUGUGCUAAAUUUAUAUCGACUAGGAUGAUUUAAAAAAAAAAAUGCUUUAUGUCCUGCGACCCUAUCCCAUGUCUCUGUGUUACUACACACAUAGCAGACAGUUCUUUAGCAUAUUCUUUACACUUUAUGUAGUUCUCUGAAUAACCUGCCUAAGAAUUUUUCUUAUCUUUUUAUUAUUUUUGGUGGCUCGUCCAGUUUUUGAUCAUAUUUAAUGUUUUACAAAGUCUUUGUACCCUUCUUGUAACUGAUGCUGUUUGACAAUGAGAUCCAUCUGAUGCUUUGGAAGCUGUUUGCAACACGUGUGGUUUUCUGUGGAAAAGUCUAAAAGAAUGGCUGAACUUUGUUUGAUGUGGAUCAGAGGGACUUUAAAUGAUGGCAGGUGUGCAUUUACUCCAAUUUAACGUGGGCUGGAAUGCGGCCACUAAUUCUGAGCACAGACGCAUCCAGUGUUUUAAGAAAAUGAGCAGACUGGUGCAGCCAUAUUAUGGGAGUCAGAUUGUUUUUAAUAUGGUUUUAAAGGUUAGAGGUCACAUUAAAGGGGUAAACAUUCUGAAAUUAUCUAUCUUGACUUCUUUCUUUUACAUCACAAAAACGUCCCACUUUAACAGGAGUGUAUACCUUUCAUACUUACUUUUAGUGUGUGGAGGCGUGUAGGGGUGUGUGUGUGCGUGUGUGUGUGUGUGUAUGUCUGUCUGCCAUAUUGAAGAGACGUAUUAGAGUUCUAUAGUGUAUUGUUUGUGUAUACCUUUUUGUACAAUUGUAUUUGCGUACUGUAUGCUGUUCCUGCUAACUGUUGGGUGUUGACUGAACUUCUGUUAUGUCAAAAUGCAGUGUUGUUGUGCAAAUAGUCAGGGAGAUAAUCUAGUCCAUGCCAUAUGCUGUACUGUUAACACAAGAAAAGGGAUACACUUAAACUUGCACACAAAGUGUGUUUGUUAACAUAUGUGUACGUCUUAUAAUAUAACAUGUUGGAAUAAAUUAUUGUAGAUCCCAAGAAAAGAUUCAUUUCAUAGAGAAGAACAGUCAAUCGGAUAAAUAAAAUCUCAUUUUAGAAACAUUUACAUAUAACUGAAUAUAUUUCUUGGAGUGCAAGCAAAAAUGAAAUUGUAUGUUUUUGAGAUUAUAGGAAAUAAAUUCAGAUUCUAUGACGGG